UUAGUUUCCCCCGUCCGCUCCACGCACCAUAGCCUGUCUCUCUCUUCUUCUCUUCAGUGGCGAGCCCCCGGCGAUACUCCGUCGGAGAUUGCAAUGAUGAGCGGCGAUGUCCGAAGGCGCGGAGGAGAUCGAUAUCGCCGAGACGCGUCCACAAGAAUCUCCAAGAAGCAGAAGCUCAUUCUCACCUCCGAAGAGCAACUCGAGUCCAAGCUCGGUUUCACUCUUUUCACCGAAGGCGGCGACAAGCGUCUCGGCUGGCUGCUCACCUUCGCCUCCUCGUCUUGGGAAGAUCAGGAUACUCAUAAGGUCUAUAGUUGCGUUGAUCUUUAUUUUGUUUGUCAGGAUGGUUCUACCUUUAAGACUAAGUACAAGUUCCGGCCAUAUUUUUAUGCGGCCACGAAGGUUAAAAUGGAAAUGGAUGUAGAGGCAUAUUUGAGAAGGCGUUAUGAAAGUCAGAUUGCAGAUAUUGAAAUCGUAGAUAAAGAGGACCUUGAUCUUAAAAACCAUCUAUCUGGUUUACACAAAGCUUACUUAAAGAUAUCAUUUGAUACUGUUCAACAACUGAUGCAAGUAAAGAGUGACCUCAUGCAUGUUGUUGAAAGAAACCAAGCGAAGUUUGAUGCUGCUGAAGCCUAUCAAUCCAUAUUAACAGGGAAAAGCAGCAAGCAGCAGCCUCAAGAUUUCAUUGAUUGUGUUGUUGAUCUUCGUGAGUAUGAUGUUCCUUACCAUGUUCGUUUUGCAAUUGAUAAUGAUGUAAGAUGUGGACAAUGGUAUGAUGUUAAUGUAUCUAGUGCUGGAGUUAUGCUGGAAAGAAGAACUGAUCUCCUGCAACGUGCUGAAGUGCAUGUCUGUGCAUUUGAUAUUGAGACCACAAAGCUCCCUUUAAAAUUUCCAGAUGCUGAAUAUGAUUUGAUAAUGAUGAUCUCCUACAUGGUUGAUGGGCAAGGAUAUCUGAUCAUUAACAGAGAGUGUGUUGGGGAAGAUAUAGAGGAUUUGGAAUACACUCCAAAACCAGAAUUUGAAGGCAGCUUCAAAGUUACAAAUGUGAGAAAUGAGGAAGAGCUUCUUAGAUUGUGGUUUGCCCAUAUGCAAGAGGUGAAGCCUGGAAUUUAUGUUACAUACAAUGGUGACUUUUUUGAUUGGCCAUUUGUGGAAAGAAGAGCGUCCCAUCAUGGACUUAAAAUGAACGAUGAGCUGGGAUUUCAAUGUGACCAGAAUCAGGGGGAAUGCCGUGCUAAAUUUGCUUGCCAUCUGGAUUGCUUUGCAUGGGUUAAACGUGAUAGUUAUCUCCCCCAGGGAAGCCAAGGUCUAAAGGCUGUUACCAAGGCAAAAUUGGGUUUUGAUCCGCUGGAGGUGAAUCCUGAGGAUAUGGUUCUGUUUGCAAAGGAUAGGCCCCAGAUGAUGGCCUCCUACUCUGUUUCUGAUGCUGUCUCAACUUAUUACUUGUAUAUGACCUAUGUCCAUCCCUUUAUUUUCUCGCUUGCAACUAUUAUACCCAUGCCCCCAGAUGAGGUUUUGCGAAAAGGAAGUGGAACCCUUUGUGAGAUGCUUCUUAUGGUCCAGGCCUUUAAAGCAAAUGUUGUUUGUCCUAAUAAACACCAAUCUGAUCCAGAGAAGUUCUAUAAUAAUCGCCUUUUGGAGAGUGAAACAUAUAUAGGUGGUCACGUGGAAUGCCUAGAAAGUGGUGUUUUCAGAUCUGAUCUUCCAACUAGUUUUAAGCUUGACCCAUCUGCUUAUGAGCAACUGAUCAACAACCUUGAUCGUGAUCUACAAUAUGCUAUUAGAGUAGAGGGUAAGGUGGAGUUGGAGUCAGUGUCAAAUUAUGAUGAAGUGAAGAAUGCCAUCAUGGAAAAGCUUUUACACUUACGAGAUGAGCCUAUACGUGAAGAGUCCCCCUUAAUUUAUCAUCUAGAUGUGGCAGCAAUGUAUCCAAACAUUAUUUUGACAAAUAGGCUUCAGCCACCAUCAAUAGUUUCAGAUGAGAUUUGUACCGCGUGUGAUUUCAACCGGCCAGGCAGAACUUGUCUUCGGAAGCUUGAAUGGGUAUGGCGUGGAGAGACAUACAUGGCAAAGAGGAGUGAUUACUAUCAUUUGAAGAGGCAGAUUGAAUCUGAACUCAUUGAUAGUGGAGACAGUCAGCUAUCAAAGUCUUUUCUCGACCUGCCUAAAGUGGAGCAGCUAUUAAAACUGAAAGAGCGUCUGAGGAAGUACUGCCAGAAGGCAUAUAAGCGAGUCCUUGACAAGCCAGUCACUGAGCUUAGAGAAGCUGGGAUCUGCAUGAGGGAAAACCCUUUCUAUGUUGACACUGUCAGAAGCUUUCGAGAUAGAAGGUAUGAGUACAAAGGACUCAAUAAGAUUUGGAAGGGAAAGUUAUCAGAAGCAAAAGCUAGUGGAAAUCCUAUAAAGAUACAAGAGGCACAAGAUAUGGUAGUCCUCUAUGAUUCAUUACAACUGGCUCAUAAGUGUAUCCUGAAUUCCUUCUAUGGAUAUGUAAUGCGGAAGGGUGCAAGAUGGUACUCUAUGGAAAUGGCUGGAGUUGUUACCUAUACUGGGGCAAAGAUCAUCCAAAAUGCUCGUUUGCUUGUUGAGAAAAUUGGACGACCACUUGAAUUAGACACAGACGGUAUCUGGUGUGCUUUACCUGGAUCGUUCCCAGAGAACUUCACCUUUAAAAUGAAAGACUCACAGAAGAAGCUUACAAUUUCAUAUCCUUGCGUUAUGCUUAAUGUUGAUGUUGCAAGGAACAACACAAAUGAUCAGUACCAGACACUCAAAGAUCCUAUUAAUAAAAUAUAUACAACUCAUAGUGAAUGCUCAAUUGAAUUUGAAGUGGAUGGCCCUUAUAAGGCAAUGAUUCUUCCAGCUUCUAAGGAAGAAGGAAUUUUAAUCAAGAAGCGGUAUGCUGUUUUUAAUGAUGAUGGAACCCUUGCAGAGCUUAAAGGUUUUGAGAUCAAGCGCAGAGGUGAACUGAAGCUUAUCAAAGUUUUCCAGGCUGAGCUUUUUGACAAAUUCCUUCAUGGGUCAACCUUAGAGGAAUGCUACUCUGUUGUUGCUUCUGUUGCAGACCGCUGGCUUGAUCUUCUCGAUAAUCAAGGAAAAGAUAUUGCGGACAGUGAGUUGCUUGAUUAUAUAUCAGAAUCAAGUACAAUGAGCAAGUCCUUAGCAGAAUAUGGUGAGCAAAAGUCAUGUGCGGUAACCACUGCCAGGCGUCUUGCUGAUUUUCUAGGUGAUACAAUGGUUAAAGAUAAAGGACUGCGUUGCCAAUAUAUAGUUGCUUGUGAACCAAAGGGAACACCAGUAAGCGAGCGUGCUGUUCCCGUUGCAAUAUUUGAGACUGAUUCUGAAAUUAUGAAAUUCUACAUACGGAAGUGGUGCAAGAUUUCAUCAGAUGUUGGUAUCCGUUCUAUAAUUGAUUGGUCCUACUACAGGCAACGACUUAGUUCAGCAAUUCAAAAAAUUAUUACAAUCCCUGCUGCAAUGCAGAAGGUUGCAAAUCCUGUACCUAGGGUAGUCCAUCCUGAUUGGUUGCAUAAGAAGGUUCGUGAGAAAGAGGACAAGUUUCGCCAACGAAAACUGGUUGAUAUCUUCAGCUCAUUGAAGAGCAAUGGUUCUGUUAAAAUGAAUAGUGAUGCUGUCACCAUCGAUCUAAUAACAGAUGAAAUUGUUGAGGAUUUGGAAGACCUUGCAAACAGAGGCAGAACUUCUGCUGUAGGACAUAGGCAUGUUAUCCGUUCUUUUGAAGUCAACAAUGAACAGUGUGUGGUUAAGAGGAAUGGCAAAGUAUAUCCUCCAGAGAAACAAAAUGAUGAUGCUGGAAGUAUGUGUCAAGUGCUGUCACCACUACAACAGAAAACCAUGAAUAUAGAAGAUAUUGACAUAAAUGUGGAUUACCAAGGAUGGCUUGAAAUAAGGAAGAGAAAGUGGAGAGAUACCCGUGAAAAAAGGAAGAGUCAAAGGUUGGAUAAUCUGAAGACAUUAAAACAAAGUCAUGGUGUUUUUGAGAUGCCGGAUGGUAAGUUAAAUCAAAAGAAAACUAAGGGAAAGACUGGGGUCAAUUCAUAUUUUGAGAGGCAUGAAUUAGCUCUUACGCGCUGUCCCUGGCAGAUAAUUCAACUUGUACCGAGUUCACAACAUGGCCGAUUUUUUGCCUGGGUUGUUGUAGAAGGAGUAAUGAGUAAAGUCACUGUAAACAUUCCUAGGGUUUUCUACCUCAACUCAAAAGCUCCUAUAACAGAAGAAUUUCCUGGAAGGUGCGUCAACAAGAUUCUUCCUCAUGGAGGCCAUAGCUAUAACCUAAUUGAGGUCAUAAUUGAUGAAGAUCAAUUUAAGGCAGAAAGCAAGAAACUUGCAGCUCAUCUUGCAGAUCCAGAAGUUGAGGGAAUAUAUGAGACAAACAUUCCACCGGAAUUCAAUGCUAUCCUACAGAUUGGUUGUGUUUGUAAAGUGGAUAGAGCAGCUAAGAAACGAAAUCCUCAAGACGGUUGGAGCCUGGAUGAAUUGCACAUGAAGACCACAGCAGAAUGCUCUUAUCUGGAGCAGUCGAUCUCUUUUUUCUACUUGUAUCAUAGCAUAUCUGAGGGGCGAGCUAUUUAUGUUGGAUAUUUUCCAGCAUCUAAAUCCAUAUCAGUCGUGGUGGUUAAUCCUUUCCAGAAUAAGGAAUUAUUAGCCCAUAUUCUUGAAAAACAAUUUCGAGAAGCCUGCCAAGCAUUGUCAAUUGAACUUCCAAUGUCUAGAGAUAGCAUCAGUUUUAAGGUGGACUAUGUUGGAUAUGUCAAGGAUGCUGAGAAGAUUUUACAGAGAGCAAUAAAUGAAUACAGACAAAGCCAUCAUGGACCUGCAAUUGCUGUCAUUGAGUGCCCAAACAUUCAUCUGAUGAAGUUGGGUAUACGAGUUCUUGAUGAUUUCCCAUGUGUGAACAUCCCUUGUAAUGCUCGUGACAGUAACUAUCAGGCCCUCGGGUGGCAAAUUACAGCAGCAAAAAUUGGAAUGCAACGGUGUGCAGCCUCUUCGCAGUGGUUGAAUGAGAGAAUUUUGCUUUCACGAUAUGCCCAUGUACCAUUGGGGAAUUUUGAAGUUGACUGGCUUAUAUAUACAGCAGAUAUCUUUUUUUCAAGAGCAUUACGUGAUCAGCAACAGGUACUUUGGAUAUCUGAUAAUGGCAUCCCAGACCUAGGAGGCACUAAUGAAGAAGAGUCAUGUUUUACUGAUGAGGUGAACCAACCUGUUCUUACAUAUCCUGGAGCAUACAGGAAAGUUGCUUUGGAGCUCAAGAUUCAUCACCUGGCUGUUAAUGCUCUUCUGAAAAGCAACCAGGUGAAUGAAAUGGAAGGAGGCGCCUUUUUUGGAUUAGAACAGGAUAUGAAUCCUGCAUCACAUACCUUGAGUGACAUGAGUUUCUUUGAUGAGGGCACCUCUUGUGCACCUGCGUUCCGUGUUCUCAAACAAUUGAUUCAGAGAUGUCUAGUUGAUGCAGUUACAUCUGGAAAUGUGUUUGCUGAUGCAGUACUGCAACAUUUAUAUCGAUGGCUUUGCAGUCCACAGUCAAAACUUCAUGAUCCAUCCCUUCACCGCAUGCUUCACAAGGUCAUGCAAAAAGUGUUUGCUCUAUUGUUGGCAGAGUUUCGUAAGUUGGGUGCCACAAUCAUAUUCGCCAAUUUUUCAAAAAUUAUUAUAGAUACAGGAAAGUCAGAUUUAUUUGCAGCAAAAGCAUACUGUGAUAGUUUACUCAAAACACUACAAGCUAGAGACCUGUUUGAAUGGAUUGAACUUGAACCACUGCAGUUCUGGCACUCCUUGCUUUUUAUGGAUCAGUACAACUUCGGUGGAAUCCAGGCUAGAACCAAUUCUGAACUAGAAAAAGGAAGCACACAUGACGAAUCCCAAGUGGAUAUAGUUUCAAGCUGGAAUAUUGCUGAAAACUUACCAAAAGCAACUCAGGAUCACUUCAUUUUGAUUGUCUCUGAAUUUAUUUAUAUUCCUUGGAAAUAUGCACGAGAUCAAUCUGCAAUUAGAGCAUCUCUAAUGGUUAGCAACUUGUGCACUCCAUCGAUAACUGCUGCUGCUGCUGAGACUUUUGAGUUGCAAGUGACAGAGUAUCUCAGGGAGCAGAUCAGUUCUUAUUUUGCUGAUAAACUGCUAAGAAUUGUUCGUGAUACUGCUCUUCAUAUGAAGGGAACAAGCAAGUCUAUUUCUGACCAACAGAUGAAUCCACUUGUCAAGGAUGUCCAUAUGGGGGAUCCUCCACUCGAGUUCAUUAAGCAUGUCUGCGCUGUUCUGGCUCUUGACCAAAAUGUCCAGCAUGAUAUUCUGAUCAUGAGGAAGAAUCUUUUAAAAUAUGUGCGUGUGAGGGAAUUUGCACCAGAAGCAGAGUUUCUUGAUCAGUGUCUGUCAUUCACUUUGCCAAAUGUGAUUUGCAGCUACUGUAAUGACUGCAGAGACCUGGAUUUGAGCCGUGACAGAGCUUUAUUGGCUCAAGAGUGGCGCUGUGGUGUGCCACAAUGCGGACAGCCCUACGACCGCGAAGUAAUGGAGAAUUCUCUUCUUCAGAUUGUACGGCAAAGAGAACGGCUCUACCAUCUGCAAGACCUGGUGUGCCUCAAGUGCAACCAGGUUAAAGCAGCGCACUUGGCCGAGCAUUGUGCUUGUGCUGGCCCUUUUAGGUGCAAGGAAGACGUUUCUGAAUUCCGCAACAAGAUGCAGGUUUUCUUUAACAUAGCUGUGCAUCAGAAAUUUCGACUACUCCAAGAAUGUACUGCCUGGAUUCUAGAAAUCAAAUAAAUUGCAGAUCACGUAUUGGCCGUGUUUAUCUCGGACCUCGCAGGGAUGACACGGAUGCGACUGGAUUGACUGCAUGACAGGCCAUAUGGCAUGAUCAAUCGGUUCCAGGACGUUCCACAACAUUCCAGUCAUUCCUAGCCUUCUUUAGUGGAUAUUCUACGGUGCAUACGGUCAGCCUUCUCUAGUGGAUAUUUUAAUGAUAUCCAGUACGUUCUAGAACUAUCGAUUUAAGUGUCGUAAUAGUGCUGACCGUAUGUACUGUAGCAGUGUCGCCAAACUGCAAAUGAUAUAGCUAAUCCUGAAGGACGCUGGAGAAUGGCGAUCCUCUUAGUUGUGCAAAAGCCUUAUACGUGAUACUGGCAACUUAAACUAAAGCAGUCAUUAGAAAAUAGAAAACAGCCCCUGUAGUCUCCUAUACCUCUCUUCCCUUGGUCAAAAGUUUAUAUAUUAUUUUUACCAUUUCGUUUUUUUGUAAUAAAAAUAUUGGGGAUGUACGCAGUUACUGAACGGUCUCUGUAUUUUGUUGUGUAUAUACUGAAUGCAUAAUGAUAAUGGAUUCGUGGCUUCGUUUUUCAU